CGCUGUUUUUUUAAAAUGAUUAAAACCUGCUUAAAUACACACACACCAACUUUUACAUUGUAAUUAAUUUAAUUGCCAAGAUUCUUAUCUUCUAAUUUGCUUUGUGGUUAUUAAUAUUUUACUAUGCUUUUUAAUUGACCAUUGAUGAACCUCAAGUGGUUUUCCUCUUCAGCCGGCGGCGGCACUCGGACUUGUUCGUAUUUGGUCGCAGAUUCAUUUACCGUGUUUUGAGUAGUUAAUCAAUUACUUCUUCAUGAUAUGUUUUCGUUUUGUUGUAGUUUACUUACACAUGCAAUUUGCUUAUUGAAUUUCGCAUUUUUUGCUUAUCUCUCAGCAAUUAAUGGGUUAUGCUCGUCGUGUUUCAAUAAUUCUUAACCAAACAAUGAAAGUCAAUUUGUUCAAAGCUCAGCAGCCGCCUAAAAUUUUAUAUUCGCUAUUCGUUAUCGAGUACAGGUAACAAUUAGUGUUGAUCUGUCAUAGGCGGGCUUGAGUGGAGUGCGUGGCUGCCACAUGGAGGGUGGUGGGUUGAGAACCCCAAACGGUGAAUGUAUAAAAUAUGUAUGUAGGCUCAUAUUCGAUAAGCGAUUGGAGAUUUAAAAGUGGUGUUACAGUGAAAAGGUCUUUAAGAAGAUAAAAAAUAGCUUUGUACUUGGCUCGUUUCAAAUAACUAAACCGACGCCUCAAUGGCAAGCAGCAAUAAUUUGUGCAAACAAACAUACAUAUAUAAGAUAUAUAUAGUUGCAUUUCAUUUCAAUGAAGAUCUAAUAAUUGUUUGAAAGGAUUUUCCCAGCGACACCCUUUUCAAUAUUCUUUUCACCUAUCACCAAGCGUGUGUUUUGUUAAGUCGCACUGUUCCAUGUUUAGGGGUACGAAAGUCAUGGCUCUCAUUGACGGUGUGUUUAAUAUUUAUUUAUUUAAUGCUUGAUUUGUGUUUAAUGCAAAUAAUUGCUGAAAUGUGCCGGCCGCCAUUAUUUCAGCCACAUUAAUUCAAAUGAUUCGCUCAUUAGAGGUUAGCCAAGCGUUGAACUAAUUUGGUGAAAAUAGAGUACACAUGCAGGUAUACAAAUGGAGACCUACGAUUUGGGCGCAAAGCAAGAAAUAUGUUAAAUACAAGCGAAAUUGAAAAAAAUAUUGCGCACUGUUUAUUUAGCGAACGAAUGCGGAUAAUUGAAUUGCUGAUACACCAGACCCCGAACUGAGCGGCAUACGUAUGUACUUACGCUUGUGCGAGUAUGUGUGCAUUUUUUUGUUGCUGAAGUUUUUCAUUUAAGGCAAUUUCUCCACUCUACUGCUUGUGUUAAGAAAGAAUAACAGGUCAUCUUAAUGGCAUGCUAAAAAAGCCGCUCGAACACUAACAUAGGUGCAUCCAUGUAAACAACAGACGAAUUGCAAUUAAUUGCAUAAAAUCAGUAAUCGGUUAUUCAAUAAUUGUUGCUGUGGUUGAAGAAUGUCUCGAAUAUAUAUGUGUUCACUUUGAGUCAUUGCACGUUGCACCUACAAUUUCAUUGCCUACAUACAUACAUACAUACGAAAGAACAUCAUCUUAGCUUUAGCGUUGAUAGUUUGGGAUUACGCGCUAAUACGUUCUAUUACUCAACUAGUGAACUCUAAACCGGUCUUCACGAAUUCUAAGUAAUUCCAGAGCUUUGUUUUUACUUAGACAAAUAGCUUCGAACACAUUGGUGGAUGUUUCAUUUGCGUACAGCUUUCAGUGCUUAAUGAUGAUUGAUUAGUGAUUAGUGAUUGCGAUCACUAUAUAUCCUUUAUCGGGUAUUUGGUUCUAAAAUUUUUAACAUUCGAAAUCUUGACAACAGUAAAUUUUAAUUAAAUGAAAUUGUAUUGAUGUUACGGUCUCUACGUAUUUCUAGGUAAUGUUCCGCAGCACUAGCAGACACUUGUAGUUGAUAGAUAAGGUAAUUUGAAAGAAUACAAUAGAGUAAAAAAUAACAAGAGCUUAUUUUUUUAAAUUGAACGAGCCUUCAAUUUUUCAAUGCAAUUUUCUAUUCUGAAUGCUUUAUGUAGGUCUGUUCAUAUAUAAUUUACCUAGAAUAACACGAGGCAAACUUAUUUUACAAUCUCAAACUGUUAUAGUACCGUGGCUGCAUAAGGCAGAUUAAAGGUAAGCUAAAUGAGGUCUAAACGUUGAUUACUAAACAGUUACGAGGUUAAAGAAAAAUCUGAUUACCAAUAAUAAUCGCACCUAUUUGUCUAAUGCGAGAUGCUUCCAUAGCUCCCAGUUUGCAGUGGCGAUUGUAGCAACUCAAGGCACUUCAAUACUUGUUCUGAGCCUUCUAAGAAUUUUGCUGUAGCUUACAUACGCGAGCCUGUAUAUAAAUGUACAUUUAUAUGUACAUAUAUAAAUGAAUUCGAGUGAGAACUGUUGAGCCAACACUUGGGUGAUAUGCAUGGUCGAUGGGUUGGUAGAGGCGGGGAGCGCGCUGUUAGUCUCUUUAAAUAAAAGUUCAUUUGAAUUUACUUUCUGGUGUAGUGCAGACGUAUAAUUGCUGUGAUUACAAUCAAAAACAAUAGUAAACAGAGAACAUUAAAUAAAAUGCAAUAAAAACAAUUAAGAAUUUUGUUUACCUAAAAAAAAAAAUUCGAGAUAAAAUAACAGCAAACAAAAAACGAAGUUAAACAACAACAAAUUAUGUGUUGUGAUGAGAUAUCAUCUGCUGUGUUGUAGGUAAUGCAAAUGCUUAGUAUAUGGGUUUUUCUCGCUGAGUGCAGCACCAAAAAGUACAGUUUGAUAAUAAAUAAAUUAAAAUAAUUAAAAUCAUGUCGAAUCCGAAUUGGUGGCGUAGACGCACCACGCUGGAACGAUGCCUGGUAUUGAUCAGUAUUAUUGCGUUGAUAGCAGUAGUUGGUCUUGUCAUUGGACUGGUUUCUGUUAUACUUUCAAAUCGUUUGACGGAAGAGCUCAAAGCAACUACCAAUCCACCAGAGGCGCUGCAAGGCUCCACUCGCAUCACGGACAAUGAGGUCUUUAUGCCACCACAGAAACUACCAAAGGAUGAUGUCUGCCUCUCAGCCGAAUGCAUACACACCUCAUCGGCGGUGCUAAGUAAAAUGAAGCCAGAGAUCGAACCUUGUGAUGAUUUCUAUCAAUUCGUCUGCGGUACUUAUAUUGAGGAGAAUUUAAUACCCGAUGACAAGGAUUCGUUGAAUACGUUCUCCUUGAUCUCGGAUAAACUACAUGAACAGCUGAAGGAGAUUAUUGUUGAAGAACGGCCAGGCACAGAGCCCAAACACUUCCAGUUGCCGAACGCGCUGUAUAAGGCGUGUAUGAACAAAUCACUGAUUGAGGAGUUGGGUGCCAAGCCGAUUGCAGACAUUGCCAAAAAACUCGGCGGCUGGCCGGUAAUUGAGGGCGACUUAUGGAACGCAGACGACAGCUGGUCUUGGCAGGAGACUGUAAAGAAGUUCCGUAGGAUGGGAUUCAGCAUGGACUAUAUCAUCGACUUUUCAGUCAGUGUGGAUUUAAAGAACAGUACAACGCGUAUUAUAGAUUUUGAUCAAUCUGCUAUUGGCUUGAGUCGCGAAUAUCUCGUCAAAGGCUUCAACGAGACAUUGGUGAGCUCUUAUUAUGAUUACAUGGUCGAUAUGGCUGUGCUUUUUGGUGCUGAUAAGGAUGUAACGAAGAGUGAGUUGAGGGAAUCCCUCGAUUUCGAGAUUGCUUUGGCAAAUAUUUCCUGGCCAGCUGAGAAGCGCCGCAACACCAACGAUCUCUACAACAUACGCACACUGAAGCAGCUGCAAGCAGCUUAUCCUUACGUGCAGUGGGUGGAUUACACCAACGCUUUGCUGCCGAACAAAAUCAAAGUGGACGAAAAUGAGCCAGUAAAUCUUUCAGUACCCAGUUUCUUUGAAGAGUUAGGCCCACUAUUGGAGCGUACACCAAAUCGUGUGAUUGCGAACUACAUGAUGUGGCGUAUACACGCAUUUUCGAUCGUUUUUCUCUCUGAGCAAUUCCGCAAGCGUCAACUUCAAUACGCGACCGCUUUGUCGGGUCGUCAGGAGCAGGAAGCGCGUUGGAAGGAGUGCGUGGAUAUCGCCAGUGGCAGCUAUGAUGAAGAGGUCGAAGAUGAAGUAGAAGGCUUGGCCAUUGCCGUCGGUUCGCUGUAUGUGCGCAAGCAUUUCAAGCAAGACUCCAAGUCCAUAGCAUUGGACAUGGUGCACCAAAUUCGCGGAGUCUUCGACAAUAUACUCAGCGAGGUCGACUGGAUGGACGAUAUUACCAAGAAGGAGGCUAAGAGGAAGUUGUAUGCGAUGACUACACACAUUGGCUAUCCCGAUGAGAUGUUAGAUAAUUCGAAAUUGGAGGAAUAUUAUCGCAAUUUGGAGAUUGAUUCCAGCAAGUACUUUGAGUCCUUCCUGAACAUGAAUGUCUUUGGUACAGAUUACUCGUUCAAUAAGCUGCGUUUGCCGGUAAACAAGACAGAUUGGAUGCGUCACGCACGUCCAGCUGUUGUCAAUGCCUACUAUUCGUCGAUUGAGAACAGUAUACAAUUCCCUGCUGGUAUUCUUCAAGGUCACUUCUUCCACGCUGCACGCCCCAAGUACAUGAAUUAUGGUGCUAUCGGUUUCGUUAUUGGCCAUGAGAUUACGCACGGCUUCGAUGAUCAAGGACGUCGUUUCGAUUUACAGGGCAACUUGUUGGAUUGGUGGGCAGAGAAUACGCAGAAGGCCUAUUUGGACAAGGCCAAGUGUAUUAUUGAACAGUAUGCAAAUUUCACAGACGGACAAACUGGUUUGAAUCUGAAUGGCGUCAAUACGCAAGGUGAGAAUAUUGCAGACAAUGGUGGCGUGAAAGAAUCCUAUCGAGCUUAUCGUCAGUGGGCGGAAAAGAAUGGUCCCGAGCCGAAAUUGCCCGGUUUGGACUACACCCCCGAGCAGAUGUUCUGGAUCUCUGCCGGUCAGACGUGGUGCGCCAAAUAUCGCAAAGAAACGCUCAAAAUGCGCAUCACGACCGGUGUUCAUUCGCCUUCGCAAUUCCGCGUCAUGGGCACAUUCAGCAAUAUGAAGGACUUUGCGCGCGACUUUAAUUGCCCCGAUGGAUCUCGUAUGAACCCCGUGCAGAAGUGCGAGGUGUGGUAAGGAAAGGGAGUAAACAGAUGAUAAUGUGACAUAAAUACAUACACUCACACACAUGCGCACUGGCAGCAGCAAUGAUGCGAACCUUUUGCAUUACAACUUUUGGUGUUGUUUUUUAUAUUCAAAUAAGAAGAAAGAAAUAUGUAACAUUUUUUUUUUAAUUUAUGUAUGUGUGUAUUUAGUUUUUAGUUACAAUUUGCUUUAUUUUUGAAGCUAAAUUUCUUUAAUGUAGUGAACUUCGUGCAUCUCGAAGUCAGCACAGUGAUUAACGCUACUUUUCGAUUUCGGCACAAAAACAACAAAGUCGUCAAUGUAUUACAUUUGUUAUGUAAUCGAACAAUUCACCUAGUUAAUCACUUCAUGUAUGUAUUUACUCAUUUGUAUGUAAAACGGCGUACGCUUGUUUGAGUGAAAAACUCGUAAAACGGAAAAGCAAAGGAAAGAAUUUUGGGAUCCCAACAUUUCACACUAAAAAAAAA